ACCACAGCUAAAAUAUUAUUUGCAGAAAACGGCGAUAAAUUAAACUGGAAUUAGAAAUGCGGCGUUUAAAUUAAUUUAAUGAAACAUGGGAUUACUAUCUGUGAUAUUAAAAUGUGUGCCCUUUAAAACCCGUUAUCAUCAGGAUUUAUAUCCCUCGGUGAACGUGCCUACUCCAGAUAGAUACAUAACUCACAAUAGACAGAUCAAUGAGGGAGAGUUAUGGAUACUGCAGGAAGCUGAGAAACAACGCUCGCCCGGCGUAGAAAUUCGAAAUACUCUUAUUGAAAAGGAAACUGUCUUAAGUGGGCCUGAUAAUGAUUCAUUUAUUAACCUUUGUCCAUAUGACAGUUCACAAGACACUGACAAUGAGGAAGAAACAUAUGCUUUCAUAGAUGAAUAUUUAAAACCAGGAAUUGGAUGUGAGAUCCAGGAACGCACACAUUAUGAGCGAAGAACUAUGACAUUUGAGGAGCUGAUUAUAACAUGUGUGGACGUCAAACAGAUUCUGCCUUACCUGACAUUUGUCGAGUAUCCUCAGUCAUACAGGAAUAUUGCAAAUUACAGAAGUGGACGAGAGGCAACAAAAACUCUCAUCGAAGAUAUUCAGAAGAGCAAAGAACUUGGAAGAUGGAGACAAUUUGUCGAGGCUCUUGAACGCUGUGGAUAUGAGUAUGUGGUUAAGUGUCUUAAAGGUCAACAUGUUCAAGAUAACUCCUGCCAAAAACAGUUCUUGAAAAUAAUGAGUAUGACCAUAAGAAAUUAUAUAACUCCAACGGAGCUUACACCUUUCCUAUGGAAUUAUGGAGUGAUUAAUGAUGAGGACAAGCAAAGAAUUGAAUGCCAGCAAACUGCGCAUGGAGUGAUUCAAGCGGCGGAUAUGUUGUUGGAAAUAAUUCCAACGAAGAUAGAAAACUGGUACAGACGUUUUGUAGAUUCAUUGGUAGCUGCAAAGAUGACAGAUGUUGCAGAUCUAUUGAGAAUCCCUGAGAUAAUGGAUAUACCGUCUGGACUGAAAUCUACACCUGGCAAAACAGAAUUGGCUUUAUCAAAUUCUGUUCCUGAAAACAAAUGUGCAACUCCAGAUGGACCAAAGUCGCUGGGUAAGCUAUCAGCAAUAAUUUACGUUCCGGAAGGUACACCAAACGUCAACGUAGUUGACAUACAAGGAAGAACGACUAUCCCACAAUUAUUCGACAUCCAUGUGGAAGAGGAAGAAUAUGAAUAUAUUGAUAUUCCAACCCCACUAUUAUUAGAGGAAGUAGAGGCUGACGAUAUUGAGAGCGUGAUAUACGAGAAUUGUAUCUCUACUGAACAUGUUCACAUGGAAUGCAAACCUAUUACAGAAGGCGAUGUUCAUAAGGAAGAGGAAGACAACCAAUAUUCGGAUAAAGGACUUUAUUCUGCAAAUCAAUUGUCACCGACUAAGUUAGGAAAAGAAACAACAGAUAACGAACAAGUUACAGACCUGCCAAAUGACUUCUAUGGACAAGUUGUUAAGCCCCUCAAUGAAAGACAUCAAUUGUACAAAGAUUCAGCUAUCUACAUGUCUGACAUUGUAACUAUGUAUGAGGAACCAGAAAUUGUAGUAGUUUCAUGUCCAUUUGUUUAAUUCAAUCAUUUUAAAUAUUUCAGCCAGUGUUAUGGCUAGUAUUAAAAAUAUAGAUAACGAAAAUUUGAAACGUCGUUCCACGCAUCAAACGAUGUAUUGGAACUUUGUCAAUAUAGGUCAUCGCUGCAAAAGACAUUCGAUCGAAAGAUUACACAUUGACGGUAAAUCAUUUAAACACUGUCUUUGGACAUUGUCAGUCAUCAAGGUCACACACACGCACGCACGCGCACACGCGCACGCGCGCACGCGCAAUUUCCUUACUUAAACAUGUGUCCUUAAUUAUAUUGGUCUGUAUUGAUACCGUUGUUGUUGUUGUUUUUGCUGUUUUUCGUUGUUCAUGUGUCUAUUUAUGCAUUAGCACUGUAAUAAGUGCUAUUUUGAUCGACUAUUUAUCUUACAGUUUUGUAUAAGUCUGCCAAACUAUUGAUACAACAUACAAAAAUCUUGAAUAUAUACAUCUUCGAGCAAUGAUAAUAAGAAAUAGAUGAGGCGGCACUUUUUGUGUUGUGCCGGUAUCUAGCCUUUUGUAUAUGUAUGAACAUAAACACAUUAUGAUUAAAACUGUUUAAAUUUCAUAACUAUCAUGCAAUGCAAUACAUAGCACAUUAAAUUGUUUUCAAAAAAUUAAAUCUAAAUCAGAUAACAUUUACAUUAGUAUAUCCAUAGUAUUGAAUCAUUUACAUUUGAUUUUUCUUAUGCAGUUUGGAAUUUAGAAUUUUCCUUUCGCUUCUAGGUUCCAAAACCGUGCAAUUAUAAACAAAUAAACCAAACAUUAUAAGUAAUAACUCUAUUUCUUUUUACUAAUUGAGUUAUUGUCUUCACUUAUUUUGCAAGUAUCGGUGUCUUUAUCCCUCGAUUUAAAACCACCAUGCCA